CUAGAAAGAGCGUCGUCGCCUUCAACAGCAGAGCAGAAACCAGAAGAAUCUCUCUGAUCAACAAUGGGAAAGGUUCACGGUUCAUUGGCUCGUGCCGGUAAGGUGAGAGGUCAGACACCUAAAGUUGCUAAGCAGGACAAGAAGAAGCAGCCUCGUGGCCGUGCCCACAAGAGGAUCCAACACAACCGCCGAUUCGUCACCGCCGUUGUUGGUUUUGGCAAGAAGAGAGGACCAAACUCAUCAGAGAAGUAAACAAAACAAAACAAAAAAAGAAGAUUUUUGAUAAUGCUUUGUUAGUUAGAUUACUCUCUCUCUCUUUCCAUCGGAGAGUUUCUCGAAACUAUUAUGUGUAUUCCAAAUUCCAUUGUUACUCGAUUCAUUUGAUCAGAUAUAAAACUUUACAAUCUCCUUUGAAAA